GAUCUUUUUGAUCGCCUUUCUAAGCAUUACAGCGGAGCCUGUAUGCUGGUCAAGGCAACACCCUCUGCUAGAGACAAACUUUAUACCUGUGGUUAUAAAUCAUUUGUAGAUAUAAUAAAUAAGCUGUAUGAAAAGCGAAGCACAAGGAAUGCCAUUAAAAAGUUGGAAUACGAGGACGAAAAUGAGAUUCUAAGUCUUCUGGAUGCAGACAUUGACACAUCCCUCCUGAAUGCAGUCGAAAGUAACAUACCAAACUUUGACAUUAAAGAUUUAGAGUUUGUUGGAUAUCCUUUGUGGUUUACAGAAUGGGCGGUAACGCUGGCAAAGAUACUUCGUUCAACGCGCCAUAAGACCUUAGGUAUUCCAUUGGAUGCAAAAGGUUUAAUGGUAUGUUGUACAUCAAAUGACGAUGCUAAAACGGUUAUGGAUAUGCUAGGAGAGCUAGAAUCAAAUAAAACAUACUCAGUUGUCAUUAUUGGGGAAGGGAACUUCGCACAACUUACAGAAUCCUUAACGUUGGUUUAUAAAGAACAAAUAUUUGUCCAUGUUUUAAAUGAUUUAAACGAAAAAUUAGCAAGUGAACCAGAUUGCCAAAAAUUUGCGGCAUUUUUUAUGAACGUCGAAGAGCAUUACAUCUCCAAAUCACUGGUGCCAUUGACCACGGAACAUAAACAAGAUGUAGCUUCUCUGUGCCUCAAGCUUGCUAAAUCUAAAUCGCAUGAACCUGAUUAUGAAACUAUGAAAUCUAUAUUUAUUGCGAUGCAGGAAGAGACGCUUUCUGGUACAUCGGUUGGUUAUGUAGACCUUGUAUCGCGAGGUUGUGACCAUGAAUUGCAAGGUAUUGCGUAUGUGUAUAGCGCCAUAUCGAAUCGAAAGAUGCUAAACAAAAUGGUUCUGUCGGAUAACGAUAAUGUAGAAUAUGAUGGAGAGGCUGUAACUUCAUCCAACGAUGCGGCUAUUGUUGACCUGGAUAAAGCCAUAUCGAUAUUUUUGAAAUACAACUCAAAAACAGAUGCUUUAUUAGCAGCCAUUUUAGCAGCUACAAUAGGUGGUACGGCAGAAGCCACCAAGAUGGCCUCCAUAAGUGCAACCAUGGAGCUAAAUAGCAAGGCUGACUUUGUUAGAAUGGCGUUGUCAUUGGAAUCAUCAACUUUCUUUACAACGAAACAUAGAAAACGCAACUUCAAUUUAGUGAUGGCAGGUAAUCUAUAUUCGAAAGCCGGAAUUGUUAAUCUUACCAAAAGAUGCUACAUGUUGGCUGUUCCCAUGUUCAAUAACAAAGGUUGGAAUAUCGCAUCGGAUUAUCUGUAUGGUACGCUGAGUCGUUACAACCCUUUGUACUGUAUAGAUGCUCUUAAUGAGUUGGCAAAUCAAUAUGAAACACUUUUAUGUAAUGGGCAACUGAAUAGUAAUGAUGCCCAUUCCCUUAAAUCAUCGUGGUAUAUUAGCGACCGUGAAAUGGCCCAUCUAAGAAGACUUAUGAAAUUAUCCGUUAUAGACCCCGAAUUAAGAUGUUCCAAAAUAGAAACGCCCACAGUUAUAUCGCCUGCAUACAAAUAUAAUCCCGGAUUGGUCUACGACAAAGCGGAUAUCCCAAAGUUAAACGGUGAUAUACCGUAUCUCGUACGUGUUCCGUUUAUAUUUUUACGAAACAAAGGGGGUGUACAUGGGCGUAAUUGUGGUCUCUUAUCAACCAGGCAAUUUUAUGCCUCAUCAAACCCCAAUGAAGACUCUGUAUGCAGUGCAGUAGAUGACUUUGAACUGCAGGAAUCCACCAUGAAACAAAAUGUGAAAACAAUGUCUGAAAAUGAUGCAACGUGGAAACGAUGUUAUGAUUUUAUUAGUGAUUAUGGAAAUAUAUCAUAUAAAGUUGAUUCAGAUUCAGGUUAUUUUCUUCCCAAGGAAUCCCCCAUGCAUACCGUGAAAUAUACCAUAAACGAACCCAGCAUUAUAAAGCUCGAAUUAAUUAAUCCACUCAACAUUGGUAUUCAUUGUGAUGAUUUCCACCUUCUUAUAAAGGGUAAGGAUUCAAGUUGGUGGGAAACCGCUUCUAUGGCUGAUACAACUGCUUCUGAUACAUCAAAUGCAAACCCUAAGGACAACUUCGUCUAUUUAUCCGAAGGUGACAGGCGCACAGUAUAUCUUAAGUUCUGUGUUUCACAACCAGGAACAUACAAGGUGUGUGGAUUUGCAUGGAAAUUAUUUGGUUGCGUUACAUGCUGGGUACCGUUGUAUCUGUGUGGUUCACGAAAAACAAGGGGUGCGCCACUGGCUGUGGAAUCUCAUCAGACACUUGACGAAUAUGCCGAAAACAGAAAAAUUGAUAAUGGUUUAUCUUUUACAGUUACAGACACCCAUCCAGAAAUUGCAAUUGUUUUGUCGAAGGUGGCCAAAAUUCCACCAGAUGCUAUCCCACUUAACAUGGAUUGUAGAUACUUUUCAGAUGUUAAUGAUUAUCUAGGCGUAUCGGAUACUGAUGCUAAGUAUGAAACUGAUGAAGGUGGGAAUCUGUCUAAAUGUGAGGCCAUAGCCGGCGAAUAUGUUAUAACCAAGUUGACCAUCAAAAACAUAGGUACAGCGACUAUAGAUGCUAUAUCUCUGUCUAUGAAAACAAGUGGCAGGUGUAUUGUAAGUAGUUAUCCAUUUGCUUACCAUCCACAUGGGACCAAUAUUAACGUUAUGUGGGAAGAUCCAGCUAAAUGCAAUUUGGGAUCAAUAAGUGGCAACAAAUCAUACCAAGUCACGCUGAAGAACGAUGUGGAUGGGUUAAUAUCAGCUAAUGGUACCAUUACCAUUCUUAUACUCAUGGUCCCACGGGUGGCUGAUGCCCCAAGUGUCAUAUGUAUGCAAGGUAGAGUACGCACAUCAUCUAAAUGCUAUAACGUUGAUGGGAAUAUUUCUUUCUGGAGAUUCUAUACCGUGGACAAUGGAUUGGAUGUCAGUUAUGAAUAUGAUCACAGCUUAGAGAAAAUGGUAAAAUGCAGUAUCGUUAACAAUUCCAAAGCAGACAUCAAAUCGCUUUGUUUAUAUGGCGUUGAUAAAAAUCCGAUCAAAACGCAUAUAGAAACCCAACAAUAUUCGAAUGAACAAAGUGUCGUAGAUUCCAAACGUAAUUCGAUCUUACUGGUAUCGCCUUUUAACCCAGAGGAUCCAUCGGUUACCCUAAAGUGGAAAUGUGGUGAGGCAGUUGGUCUGCAGACAGAUAAUAUUUUUGUUGAUUCAAAGGCACAUGUAUUGGUAAAGAUCACAUCAGAUGUAUCCAUGUUACGUUAUGAAGGAGCUCCAAUUCUUGUCCACAUCAAGGUCAUACUGGAAAACCCUACUGAUGAAGUCAUACCGUACCUAAAGGUAAAGGCUACAAAAGAUAAAGCCGCAGCUAACAUUCACGCCUGGUAUUACGUAGGCUUACUUACUGUAGACGUUCCACAGAUAUUACCUAGAUCUAAGGCAUGUAUAGUUUUCGACGCCAUCCUUCCAUUGCCUGGGGUCUACUCAUUCACAUACAAAGAUAUCAACAUUACGCCUACCAAAAGCCUAUCUAUUACUCCAUGCAUUCAACAUAUGAUUUCGGUGGAGUAAUGAUAAAAUAAACAACGUUUUCAAUAAAAUAACGUUUGCACU